CCACGAUGGACUUCUUUGAGCAACGAUAUUACGUGAUCAAUAAACGUUUUAUGUCUUAUUUUGGUAUGUGGCCGCUAGAAAAUUCUAUCAAAAAUGAUAAAAGUAACUGAAUUAGGAGUAACUGAUAUCGAUGCUUUCAUUGAAUGCAUCCCUCCCAUAGUGGUGAUAAAGAGUUCCAUGGUAAAAGCUUUCACUGUCGGUUUUCAUAUAAAUCACUUUCAAGUGCUUCUAAAACAUAUUGAAGAAGAUUGGCGAAAUUUGAAAGAUGUUAAAGAAAUGGCAAUUCUUUCAGAAUAUGCCGAAAGUGGUCGAAAAUUUACAAUAUGGUAUACGUUCUAUAUAAGUUUCACAACGUUAUUAUAUUUGUCAUUACCUCUAUCACCGAUCGUUCUUAACAUUUUAUCUCCGUUAAAUGAGUCAAGAAAAAUGGAACUUCUUUUUUGUACGGAAUAUUUUGUAAACGAGGAAGAUUAUUUUAAUGAAAUUUUAUUUUAUGAUUAUGCAAUUGCUGUAUUAGUAGUUGCAGUAUUAAUUGCAACUGAUACAAUGUAUAUGGUAUAUUCAGAACAUGCUUGUGGUAUAUUUGCAAUUGUAUGUUAUCGAUUAAAUAAUAUAGGUAAAUGCGAGAAUAAAGAAGAAAAAUAUGACAACGAUUUUUUUAAUAAACCAAAAGAUGAUAAUUACGACGAAAUACAAGAUGAAAAAAAUUAUCAAGAACUUUCAUUAUGUGUCAAAAAGCAUAAACAUGCCAUUGAAUUCGUUGAAUUACUCCAAACAUGUUACACAGAAUCUUUAAUAACACUAUUACUACUUAAUGUAGUAGGUAUAAGCAUUACAGGAGUUCAAACUAUAAUCAAUAUACAUAAUUGGUCAGACGUAUUCAGAUUUGGUUUUUUAACAUUAGGUGAAGCAUUUCAUCUUUUUUUCUUAACAUUACCGGGUCAAAGAAUAAUAGAUCACAGUGCUAAAAUAUUUGAAGAUAGUUACGACUCAUGUUGGUACGUACUUUCCUCGAGAUGCAAAAGAACGCUUAGUUUAAUACUAUUACGUAGUAUGACACCAUGCCAAUUAAUGGCUGGUGGAUUAUAUUCCAUGACAUUAGAGAAUUAUGUUUCGCUCGUUCAAACAGCUAUGUCUUACUUUACGGUAUUAUCAUCGGUACGAUAAAAAUUAAUCAAAAAUUGCAACAUCGAGCGAAUUUAAAGCCGUCACUUCAAUUACAAAUCUCUGUGUAUUAUCGUUAAACAUUAAUAGUUAAUUGUAAUAAAAGAAUUUAAACGUCAUAGAAAAUUUAUGAGGUGUGAAUAAUAUUUCAACAACAAAAAAAUCAUACAUUUAAUAUGAUAUUAUAAAAAAUAAAAAGACGAAUUACAAGAUGGAAAGAAUGUUUGAAGGAGCAACGAUCGGCGAAACGUAUUAAUACGAAAGCCAUAACGAUUAGUGUAUGUAAUUAUGCUUUAUUUUCACCAACACGAGAUUAUUAUCUUGUAAAAAAUCGUAAUAUUUCACA